GGUUCCCCGGUAUGUGGUGUCUUGGAAGCUAGAAGCCACCCUCGCACCCAUCGCCAGCUCAGCCUCUCGUUCGACAGCACUAUGACACUCACCUUGAACAGCCCGCUUCAUGUUCUCCAAGACUCUGGCCGGCCGGCAGGGAGCACGGACUACACCACCGUUGUCAUAUUGCAUGGCUUCACAUGGCACAGUGGUAUCUUCACAAAGCUCCUACCGUUGGCGCACCCGCACAACGUGCGCAUAGUGCUCGUGAAUCGUCGCGACUACCUCGGCAGCAAGCCGUAUAUCGAGGAAGACCGCGCACUCCUCCCCGAGCUCUCACCGGAGGAAUGGGCAGACGCCGCCCAGGUGGUUGUGGCCGGUGAGAAGAUGAAGGCGUUCAUGAGGGAGCGCGCGCGCGAGGUACACGACCUGCUGGUUGAGCUCGUGCGGGGCGGCAAUGUGGUGGUGGCGGACCGGUCGAAGAACACGGGCGGGAUCGUUGUCGCGGGGUGGUCGCUCGGCGGUAGCUGGAUGACGGCAUUCCUCGCGCACGUCACUUCUUUCCCCGCGGACGAGGUCAGGCUGAGUGACUAUAUGCGACGCGUCGUCAUCUUCGAUUCACCUUUCCUAGCACUCGGCUAUCCGCCCCGCGAGCCAGCGCUGUACAGUCCGUUACUCGACCCCAAGAUCGCGCCAGAGGACCGGCAGCCGCUCUUCAUGAAGUGGGUGAGCGGGUACUUUCCCCACGGCGGCACGCCCGACACGCUCGAGGGGAAGACCCCACUCGAGAACCCUCCGCCUACGAUAUCGACGCUCACCCUAGAGGAGAUUGCGUCGAUGACGUGCCCUUCCGUCGGUGCGCCGGGGGGCUCGGAUGAGAUCCUGGUGCAUUCGGGUGUGAAGCUUGGGUUGUUUGCGUAUCUGCGCAAAUGCGCACUGUACCUCCCGGAAGGCGGGGGAGGCGCGUGGCGCGACGUGGAGGUGCGAUGCGUGACUGGCGAAUGGAGUAUAUCUGGGGUCCUAUGGGCGACGAUGCUGCUGAAGCGGGAGGUGGAAGACGCGAAAGCGAAGGGCAUACCGAUACGGGACGUACGGUUUGUGCUCAUUCGGCGCGCGAACCACUUCGUGCGUAUACUCCUGGGCUGUUGGUGCGAUUGGUGGGGGUUGACAUGACUCCUCUAGGUUCAAUGGGAUGCACCCGAGCUCGCGCUGCGCUCAUUGAUUGGGAACGAGGACAUGGUCGAGUAACGGGCAUUGGCCAUGAUAAGGGGAAUAGUCUCAAUAUACGAUACCUAUAUGCCUAUGUGCAGUGGCCGCGAUGAUCAUCCACGAGAGGUCUUAUUCAAGUU